UUAUUUUUAUCAAUGAUUGAUGCGUAACAGAUCUAGUAGUACUUUUUCAAUGUCACAGAAUUAUCUCGUUUGCAUAUAUUUUAUCUUGUCACAUAUUUGCUGAUAUCUUAUAAAUGAGAUUUUGGAAUGGAUUUUGAACAUAAAUCUUUAACUUCUAACACGAGGAUUAGCCAUUAAAUUCCCUCCAGCAACGCGCUACGUCAUCAAUGUCCACAUCACGAAACUUGUGACGUCACAAUACCGGCCAUAUUGCCAAUACCGAAUGUCAAAUCAAUGGGAUGGUCUAAAAAACAAACUUAUUAUUUAUAUUAAUUUUAAGAAAGUAUUUUAGUUUUUAUAUGGUGAUUGAACUGUUGUUGGGUAGUUUAAAGGGGUAAAUUGUAUUGUUUUUAGUUGUUAGUAGAAUUUUUUAACGUCAGCUGUCAAUUCUUAAGGUGUUGAAAAACAGGUGAAUUUGUUCAGGCCAGAAAUUUAUCAGCGAAUUUAAUACCAUACUAAUUAUCGUUGUGAAUAAUUGUGUUUUUAAAUAUUCUUAACGUUGAUUGAAUUUUUAAUUCAGUUUGAAAUGGACAUUCAAUUAAAAUAAAGUGUGUUAUUAACAGAUUUUAACCUGAUUUUCUCGUAUUGUGAAAAGAGUAAAAACAUCAAACAUGAAUGCCUCUGACCAUGGAUUUAAUCCCGCAUUUAAUAUGGCCACUAUUAAACAGGUUGUUAAUGAGGCUAUUGAAAGAGUUCGAAUGCCGACUCCAAUGCGACUUAGAGAUUUAAUUCGACAAAUUAGAGCUGCAAGAACUGCAGCAGAAGAACGUAGUGUAGUUAACAAAGAAUGUGCCUACAUUAGAUCAACAUUUAGAGAGGAAGAUUCAGUAUGGAGAUGUCGAAAUAUUGCCAAGCUGUUGUACAUUCACAUGUUGGGAUAUCCAGCUCACUUUGGCCAAUUAGAAUGUUUAAAAUUGAUAGCUAGUUCUAGAUUUACUGACAAGAGGAUAGGUUAUUUGGGUGCUAUGCUUUUACUAGACGAACGUCAAGAUGUACAUUUGUUGAUAACCAAUUGCCUUAAAAAUGACUUGAAUUCAGCUACACAAUUUGUUGUUGGACUAGCACUAUGCACUUUGGGAGCCAUCGCUUCUCCAGAAAUGGCUAGAGAUUUAGCGGGAGAGAUAGAGAGAUUAAUGAAAUCGCCCAACGCCUACAUUCGUAAAAAGGCAGCUUUAUGUGCAUUCCGCAUUAUAAAAAGAGUGCCUGAAUUGAUGGAAAUUUUUCUACCGGCUACAAGGAGUUUACUAUCUGAAAAAAAUCACGGUGUUUUAAUAACUGGUGUUACAUUAAUAACAGAAAUGUGUGAAAAUAGUCCCGAUACUUUGAAUCAUUUCAAAAAGAUAGUGCCAAAUUUAGUGAGGAUAUUGAAAAAUCUGAUUUUGGCAGGAUAUUCACCAGAACAUGAUGUAUCUGGUGUAAGCGAUCCAUUUCUUCAGGUGAAAAUAUUAAAGCUUCUUCGAGUAUUGGGAAUCAAUGAUGCCGAUGCCUCCGAAGCUAUGAAUGAUAUUCUAGCACAAGUCGCAACGAAUACGGAAACCAGUAAAAAUGUUGGAAAUACUAUUUUGUAUGAAACUGUUCUAUCCAUUAUGGACAUAAAAUCUGAAAGUGGUCUAAGAGUUUUAGCUGUAAACAUUCUCGGUAGAUUCCUGCUGAAUAAUGAUAAGAAUAUUCGGUAUGUUGCUUUGAAUACCCUUUUAAGAACUGUGCAUGUAGAUACCUCGGCAGUCCAAAGGCAUCGAACAACCAUAUUAGAAUGUCUAAAAGAUCCCGAUGUUUCAAUAAGAAAAAGAGCAAUGGAAUUAUCUUUUGCUUUGGUCAAUUCUCAAAAUAUCAGAACAAUGAUGAAAGAACUUUUGACUUUUCUAGAAAAGACCGAUCCCGAAUUUAAAGCUCAGUGUUCAAGUUCUAUAGUUAUGGCAGCAGAAAAGUACGCGCCUAAUAAGAGAUGGCAUUUGGAUACUCUGCUGAAAGUUUUGAUAGCAGCUGGUAACUAUGUUCGUGACGAUGUAAUAACAUCAACUAUCCAGUUGAUUUCUGAAAGUACUAGUCAACAGGCCUACGUCAGUUUGCAAUUGUACAAAGCUUUGUCGGAGGAUCUCUUUAAUAAGCAACCUCUAACUCAAGUUGCGGUUUGGGCAAUAGGGGAAUUUGGAGAUUUGUUAUUACAAGCAUCUCCCGAUGAAGAUAACAUUGUUGUUCCUCCAACAGAGGAAGAAGUUAUAGACGUUUAUCAGAAAUUGUUGUGGUCACCUCAGAAUACAGUUAUGACGAAACAAUAUACUCUUAUGAGUUUGACGAAACUCAGUACCAGGUUCAAUAAUACUAACAACAAAAUUCAACAAAUAAUAAGCUCCUUCUGUUCGAGUCUACACGUUGAAUUGCAACAAAGAGGUGUUGAAUAUUCGCAACUUUUCGGUAAAUAUUCCCAUUUAAGGUCGGCUUUGUUGGAAAGAAUGCCUCCCAUGGAGCUUACCAGGUCUCAGUCAGCAAAUCAAACCAAUGGAGAUGCUAGCGAUUCGGAACCAAGAUCAAACGAAGAUAGUCCUCAGCAUACAGUGAAUAGUGAAUCUAAUACAUUAUUGGAUCUGUUGGGAGGAAUAGAUAGUUCGACAGAUUUGGACGUAAUCAAAAUGAAUUCGCAACCAGUAGCGCCACCUAUUUCGAACGCAAACAAUCAAGAUCUGUUGGAUUUGUUGGGGCUUGGUCCAAUUUCGAGUUCGCCGACGACAGAUGCGGGCGGAAAUAAUAUUGGAUUAAUUAUGGAGAAUAAUAAUAGCAACAUUUUAAUUAAUAAUCAGAAUUCUAAUUUCCUAUCGGGAGAUCUAUUUGGUGAUAGUAAUACCAGUAAAGAAAGGAACGUGCCUACAUUAACUGCCUAUGAUAAAGAUGGAUUAAAAAUAGUAUUUUCAUUAGAUAAAACAGCCGAUAGUACGUUAUCUGUAACUGUCAAUACAACAAACUAUACCUUAUCAACUAUGACUGAUUAUAUAUUCCAAGUAGCUGUUCCUAGGACAUUCCAGUUACAAAUGCUGUCACCGUCAGGAACGGUUUUAGAGCCUAAUGGUCAUGUUACUCAAGAUUUAAGAGUAACAAAUCCUAGUAGGAAUACUCUGAGAAUGAAAGUGCGACUGUCUUAUCUAAUUGACGGCAAUCCUGUUCAGGAUCAGAUAGAAGUUAACAAUUUCCCAGCGGACAUUUGGGAUUGACGGAGAAAAUACGGAUAAAGGCAAUCGUCCCACGUCUUGUUGAAUAUUUAUAUUUAUAUUAAAUUUUUAAGUCUAUUUUUAUUAUAGACUUGUAUGCAGGGUAAAUCAAUAACAUAUCAGAGUUUAUUUUUAAUAUAGUCUACAAUCAUGUCACCCCAUAAUCUUAGCAAAGGAACUCCGUAUAGAUCAGACGACAUCUUCCCAGCCACUUUAGACGCGCCCCCUUUUCUCAGCUCGGUAUUCCUUCGGAUCCUCCACGAACCGUUCCCAUCAGUUCAAAAUCAGCUAACUUGUCGUCCUCAUAGUCCGUGUCUCGUAUCCGUAUGUGACUACGGGCCUUGUGGGCUUUGUGAGAGCCCUCUAAAGUUGAGCGCUUCCUGGACUACCUAGAAGCAUCUGUUUCCCGCAGCAACACUUACCUUGAUCUUUGUUACACACAACCAAAACAGAACUUCUACUGUCAAAAAUAAUAUGUUAUUUAUACCAAGUUAAAACCAGUAGACAAAACGUUGCCGAAUCACCCGCAGUGUUGCCAAUAUUAUUUUUAUCUUGAUUUUGUUUAAAACAAGGUUGGAGUACCAAAGUAUUUAUGUGGUGGAUUGGGACACCAUGUUCUCUUCCAUUCCAUUUUCACACCUUUUCAGUUUUUGGUUAGUUAAUUUCAUUUCCUUCAUAGUUUUGUGGUUUCUUUUCUACCCUAUAGUCGUUUCUAGGUCUUCACCUCCAUUAGUUUCCUGGUCAUUCUCUGUGUUGCUUUCAAAAGAUACCCUCAGGUCUAUGUUUAAUGGAUCUACUUCUACAUCUCAAUUUUUUUUGGUCUAGAAAAACAAGAAUAGAAAAAAUUCUGAUAUUAUUAGUUUAUCCUGUAUAAAUCUGAAAUUAAGAAGAUUUUCUAUGAUUCUAGAUUUAAUUAUAUUUAGUGAGACAAACACUUUGUAAAUAGUUUUAACAGUUGAGUACUUAACGUUCGAUUUAAAUCAAUUCCGAUUUUUUAAUUAAUCUAAAUCUCAUUUGAUUUUAAAUUCUGAUCAAUCUGAGUUAGUGCCUCUAUUUUGUAGAUUGUGAUGAGUAUAGUAUUUUUAGCAUUAAAACUUAUAGAGGGCGUUAAGGCGGAAGGAAAUAAGGACCAAGUCCUCUCGUGAAAAAGAAUCGCAUUCUAUAUAAAUCCAAGUUUAUUAACUUUUAUGAUAAUUUUGCUCGUUAUUUGUACAGAAUUUGUAUGAUUUUGACCAUCUUCAAUAUAAGAAAAAUGCAUAAUUUUCAAUAAUUAGACUUGUAAUAUUAACACAAGUGGACUAAGAAAUUCCUAGGCUUGCGCAGAAAAUUUUUUAAAUAGAAUUUAUUAUUCGAUAUAGUAUCCUUCAUCGGUGCAAAUGUCUGUCCAAUAAGCAUCCUCUUGAGAGGUUUAAGAACAGAUGCAGAGGAUACAGUUAACGACGAAGCAAUUUAAAACUUAAUUCGUGCAUUUUUGCUAUCGUUUCCAUUGAUUUGUGAUAUAGUGCAUUAUAUUGAUAAAACACCACUUCUUCUCCAACCGGGGCAGUUUUUCGUGAUUUUUUAUGGUUUUGAGUCGCUUCAUCACUUGCACUCCACACCAUAUUUUAUUUAUUGAUGAUUUAAUAACUCCAAACAUUGCAUCAUCAAUUCGUUGUUGUCCGUGGUCGAUUGUGAGCUCGUGGCACUCCACACCAUAUUUUAUUUAUUGAUGAUUUAAUAACUCCAAACAUUGCAUCAUCAAUUCGUUGUUGUCCGUGGUCGAUUGUGAGCUCGUGGCACUCCACACCAUAUUUUAUUUAUUGAUGAUUUAAUAACUCCAAACAUUGCAUCAUCAAUUCGUUGUUGUCCGUGGUCGAUUGUGAGCUCGUGGCACUCCACAUCAUAUUUUAUUUAUUGAUGAUUUAAUAACUCCAAACAUUGCAUCAUCAAUUCGUUGUUGUCCGUGGUCGAUUGUGAGCUCGUGGCACUCCACACCAUAUUUUAUUUAUUGAUGAUUUAAUAACUCCAAACAUUGCAUCAUCAAUUCGUUGUUGUCCGUGGUCGAUUGUGAGCUCGUGUGACACUCACUUUGAAUAUAUCCAAAUAUUCAACCAAUACAUUCCUAUGAUACAUACAGCUAUUUGGUUCAUUUUUAGGUUAACCAAAGUUAUUUUUUGGACUGAUUUUUUUCAUUGGUGACAGCUUCUUUGAGCUGCUCAUUUCUACUCGUUUCAACUUAGUCAGUUUCUCAACGGUUGACUCCGGGACAUAAGGUUGUGAAUCUACCUAUCUAUCUAAAACUUUGACUUAUUGAUCCAUUGUGCACCUAUUCACCAGUCAGGCAACAACGAUUUUUAAAAGUGAGCUACUUGUCUGGCGAUUAUACGGUUCUACUUCUACUACGUAAAUAGCAUAGUAUUUGUCUAUGGGCAUCCUAACAAGCAAAAGGAAGUGUUGGGUGGUUUCCUUUAGCUUCUUGUAGAGCAAUCGGGAGUUUCACCGAUGUUCUUCAUAUGGUAGUUCACCAAACAGUGUCCAGUAAGAAUACCAAUAAUAUUCCUUAAUUCAAUUUAUUCGGACUAAUUGGUGAAAUAAAAAAAAUAUUUCGUCUUUGAUUGGAUUAGAUGAGCUAGAUCGUGAAUCUAACUCGCUAACACUUUGAUCUACUGUGUAUCCUGGACCAGUCAAGCAGCAAUUACUUUGUAAAGUGUUUGUCUGGACUUUAAAAAGCUUCAUUGUAAGUACACUGGGUCUUCAAUUAUGGAUUGCCUCGUACUCACAAAGGGGGUGUUCGGUGGUUUCGUUUGAUUCCUUACUAAAACGACAAAAGUUGUCUAUGGACAUCUAUACCGGCAAGAAAUGUUUGAUGGUUUCCUCUGGCUCCUUGUAGAAACGACAAAAACUGUUAAAAGUUUUUCCGAUGUUCUUCAUAUGGUAAUGUCCAGUAAGCAUACCAGUACUCUCCUUAGUUCAUCUUUGUUCAAUGAAAGUGCCUUUUGAAACCAAUUGGUGCAAUAGGAAACAAAAUUUUUCGAUUGUUUCAGAUCUAGGGUAAUGUUUCUGAUUUCUUCUCGUUUUUCCAUUUCUUUAUAACCAUGAUUUGAUGGCUUUUUGGGAAACCUAUGAAAAUUACCGUAAUCCGAUCUGGCCAGGUAGCCACAUAAGAGUAACUUUAUUGUUGGUUCCUGUUGAGUUAAAAAAAUCGAUGCAGUCUCAUACUAGCUUUGAUUAAAUUUUAUUAUCGAGCUAAACUUAGGUUUUAACAGUAUUAACAUAACAAAAACUAAUUUUACAAACCACUAAAAGUUGUUUCACUUCAAAAUGCUGUAACUCACAAACUAAUAGUCAGCCUAAGAAUUUGUUAACCCACCUUUUAAUUUAUUCGUUAUUUUAAGCAAAUUAGAUCCAAAUUUGUAAAGCUUAAUUUUAUUUCUUUCAAGUUAAUCGAUUAGUCAGAAACUGAUAUAAUUAUCGUAUUUUGAUUUACUGAAGAUUUCACUUUUUCCUUUUUACUCACGACCAUUUAUACGGGGUCUUUAAAUUAUUAUUGGUAGCUUUUGCUAUACAAACAUUAUUUAUUAAUUUGGUGGAUGAGAUUUAUGUUAUAAUACAGUUACAUUUUCACUUUUCUAAAUAUUAUUCCUUUAUAGCAUGGGUGGGCAAAUACUUUUAAGCACGGGCCAUAAUGAAAUUUUUAAAAUGUCUCCCGGGCCGGAGGAUUAUAUCGCGUACCCGCGAAUGUUUUAGAUGAAGUUUUUGUUCCUUUCAAAUAUAUGUUUAUGACAAAAACACUAUAAGUAUCAUUUUAAAGUAUUUGGACAGAAAAAUUUGACUAAUAAGAAUUAUCCACUUUUUCAAUUUAUUAUUAAUUAUAAUACAUCGAAAAAGUGGACAAUUUAUUAUUACUAUUAUAUCUAUUAAUAUUAUUAAAUAAUAAUUUAUUAUAUUUGCAAAAUAAAGAAUAUUAGUUUUAAAAUUAGUAUGCGAUAAGUGCUAAAACAAAAUAAACUCCUGCUACGACUUGUCGUCCCUCGAAGAUUAAGAGAAGGAAGUGCACGUUCAAUUCUAUGUAUUAAGCCUACCACCUUUGCGAAAUUAUUUUUGAUUCUAUUAAAAUCGCUUAUAAGAUAAGGCCGGAUUCCGCCCGAGGGCCUGUUUUUUUGUCAACCCCUGCUUUAUACCCUGGUAUAUAUUGUUCGGUCUUUAUUUAAGGCUUGAUUUAUUAUACCGUGUUAUUUGCGUCCAUAAUAUUAAUUAGGCCAAUAAAUUGUAAAUAUUAU